GUGCUUUCUAUGGAGCGUCCACACCACACGUCUCGUGAGUUUCUUCUUCCUGAUCCAAAACCCUAUCUCUUGAUCGGGCGGGCCUUCCAUCUCAUCCGCGAUGUGUCCGUUUCUUAACCAUCUAAAAAUCGAUUUCUGCAACUCUCGGGGUCUGUGAGUGAGUUCUCCCAGCAGCGGCAAUUUAGGGCAAAAGGGAAGAAGAAGAAGAAGAAGAUGAUUAGGUCGAUGAAUCUGGUGGAUUCUUGGGUCCAAACCUGUUCGAUGCUUAACCAGCCGAAUCGCUACGGGUCUUUGGCCAGUUCGAUAUACAAUCCGAUCAGGACCAGAUCCAGUUGCCCCAAGUGCUUGCUCUCGAUCGGGCAAGGCCGGCGUUGUUCUUCUGUGGCCGUCGUUUCUGCGAUUCUCACCCGAGAAGAGACGGAGAGCCCGAAACAGGAGACGGCUCAGUUCGAUUUCAAGGCUUAUAUGGUUCAGAAGGCUAAUUCCGUAAAUAAAGCCCUAGACGAGGCCGUUUCGCUGAGGGAGCCGCCCACCAUCCACGAAGCCAUGCGGUACUCGCUCCUCGCCGGCGGGAAGCGUGUCCGGCCGAUGCUCUGCAUCGCCGCCUGCGAGCUCGUCGGCGGCCACCAGUCGCAGGCAAUGCCGGCGGCCUGCGCCGUCGAGAUGAUCCACACCAUGUCGCUGAUCCAUGACGACCUCCCCUGUAUGGACAACGACGACCUCCGCCGCGGGAAGCCGACUAACCACAAGAUAUUCGGGGAAGACAUCGCCGUCCUGGCCGGCGACUCCCUCCUGGCCUUCGCCUUCGAGCACAUCGCCACCGCCACUGCCGGCGUCUCCCCGCGCCGAAUCCUGGCCGCCGUUGGCGAGUUAGCCAAGUCCAUCGGCGCCGAGGGGCUCGUCGCCGGCCAAGUCGUGGAUCUCGCUUCGGCCGGCUUGCCCGACGUCGGCAUCGACCAGCUUGAGUUCAUCCACGUGCAUAAAACCGCGGCUUUGCUGGAGGCUUCCGUCGUGCUCGGCGCUAUCCUGGGCGGCGGCGACGCCGACGAAGUUGAGAAGCUGAGAAAGUUUGCUCGAUGUAUCGGUUUGCUAUUUCAGGUGGUCGACGACAUUCUUGACGUGACGAAAUCAUCAAAGGAGUUGGGGAAAACGGCGAGAAAGGAUUUGGCCGCCGAUAAGACCACUUACCCGAAGCUGAUGGGUCUGGAGAAAUCGAGAGAAUUCGCAGAGAAGCUAAACAGAGAGGCCAAAGAUCAGCUUGCCGGAUUUGAUCGGGACAUUGCAGCGCCGCUGGUGGCGCUGGCAAAUUACAUUGCUUACCGGCAAAAUUAAUGGGAAGAAAUAAGCUUAAUUAUAUAAUGUGUUGUUGUAGCGGGUCUGGAGGAAGGGAUUUGAUCUGAGCAAAGAGCAUGAAAUCUGGAAAUUUGAUUGAAAUUUUUUGAUAUGGAAAGAUUAAUGAGCCAAAUUUCCCCCUUCUUUGAAUCCGCAGAUCAUAGCUGUGCUUCCGAAUGUUAGAUUAGUGACGCUUUUCUCGCAUAAUUAACUGUAAUCUCUCUUAAGUUCUAUACACUAAUCAUGGGUGUUGAAAAAGGCAUUCGUUUUAGGCUAAAUACAUAUUUUACCA